UCUUGAACAAAAGUUAUACGUGGUCACGUGUUCUACUUUCAAAGACACCUGUUGGCGUAAUCUAGAAACUAGAUAAAUGUGUCGGUGUUAAUAAUUGUCGGCAGUUUUCCCACAACAAUUACUCAAUACAAAUAGUGACAUCUGUGUCGUGUUCCUUAUAAAAUCCGUAGAAUCAAUCUUGUGAGUCGUUAGAAAACAGUUUACGAGUCGUUUUGAUUACCGAUUGUUACGGACGCCGUCGUAAUAUUUUAGUCCGGAAGUAUUUAACCUAAAACAGUGGACACUGAAACAAGCGACAGUAGUUACAGCUACACGCACGCUCUCUUCUCAUUGAACCACUCGCGGACAAGACGCAGGGUAGACUAGACGAACAUUCGAGUGGCUGCACCUUGAAGCAACAUGGUGCACCUGGAAGACAGUCUUCUAGCGUCUGAUGUGCCUCCUCUACCCAGUGUCAGGAUCGUUGAAGGUCACCCGUACCUCGUCAUGGAGCGUCGCGACGUGUUCCUCACGGCCAUCUUGUCUACGCUGGCCGCGGUCACGACGCUGGGCGUCACUCUUGUUAUCUGUUACUUGUGGCACAUCAGAAGGCGCAAGAGGGACGAAGAGACCGGCUGUGACGACGGAGACGCCAAGAUCCGAGCGGACUCCGGAGGCAACAAGGAGGGACGUUCCAACGGGUUCCUGAGCCUCAAGACUCCUCUCAUCAGCACGAAGACCCUGGGAGCUCAGCUGGAGACCGCUGGGACUCCAGGGAGCAAGUCCCCGGCGGGGUCCGGUGCUGCGUCCGUGUCCACCCCAGAGGUGAAGACGCCCACCGCACCUCAGAACAAGGCGCUGCAGUCUGCCAAGGGAGAGCACCCGUCUAUGGCAUUUCUGCAGAACCGGUCCAUCUCCCUUGUCGACAUGUACAUUGACAAUACGGAGCCCUCGGAGAACGUGGGCCAGAUACAUUUUUCGGUCAAUAUUUUGUGCCCUGAAGCUUUCUGAGAAUUGGCUGUUUCACAGGCGAAGGAGUUACCAGCGAAGGACAUAUCCGGGACUUCCGACCCGUACGUCCGGGUGACGCUGUUACCAGACAAGAAACACCGUCUCGAGACGAAGAUCAAGCGACGAACUCUCAAUCCGCGCUGGAACGAGACCUUCUACUUCGAAGGAUUCCCGAUUCAGAAGCUGCAGAGUCGAGUUCUGCAUCUGCACGUCUUCGACUACGAUCGUUUCUCGAGGGAUGACUCCAUAGGCGAGGUCUUCCUGCCACUUUGUCAGGUGGACUUGUCAGAGAAGCCUUCAUUCUGGAAGGCUCUGAAGCCACCUGCAAAGGAUAAAUGUGGCGAACUGCUUACGUCUCUGUGUUACCACCCCAGCAACAGCAUCCUCACUCUGACUCUCCUCAAGGCAAGGAACUUGAAGGCAAAGGACAUCAACGGAAAGUCUGACCCGUAUGUGAAGGUGUGGCUUCAGUUCGGAGAUAAGCGGAUUGAGAAGCGCAAGACGCCGAUCUUCAAAUGCACACUGAAUCCCAUCUUCAAUGAAACAUUCAGCUUUAACGUUCCGUGGGAGAAAAUUCGUGAAUGUUCCCUGGACGUCAUGGUCAUGGACUUUGAUAACAUCGGAAGGAACGAACUGAUCGGCCGCAUCUUAUUAGCGGGAAAGAACGGCUCUGGCGCGUCAGAAACAAAACACUGGCAGGACAUGAUCACCAAACCGCGUCAGACGAUAGUCCAGUGGCACAGGCUGAAGCCGGAGUAGAACUCUAACCUAACAUUCGACCGGAGAAACAGUUGACUGUCGCCGUAUUUACUUGAAUUCUGGGAUGAGUCGCACCUUUCAUCUGAUGAUUUGUUUUACAUUGUAAUUGUAAAUAUUUGUAAGUACUCUCCGUUACAAGAAGUUAAGAGAUAAAACUCGUAUCUUUGUAAAAAAAAAAUGUUAAACGUAGACUUCUUUUGUUAUUGUGUUAUCUGUUUUAUGAUUUUUUUGUCACGCGAAAUACUUGGGCUAAAGUUGCGAUGCGAAAGUUUCAGCGUAGUGUUUUAUUCGUUCAGACCAGAGUGAGGUUAUGUUAACUUUUUUUUUUAAUCGUCGCGAGUUCUUUCAGACGAACUUCAUUACCAACCCUUCACAUUAAUAUUUCCUGAUGAUAACUGACGGACAUUCCGGCUACUUCGAUGAUAUUUAGUAAACUACUGUUUGUUGUUACUUGAAGGACAGAAGUAGAGAAAUUUCAGUCACAUUUUACUAUCUGUAAGCACGUAUUUUUUUUAAUUUUCCUGUGAAUCCUGUGUUUAAAUAAAUACGGAUGUGAAAUGAAAAAGUAUCUGGCCGUAGCUGAUCGACCAGCUUCAAACGAAAAUCGGUGUGCCUAGAAUAUUCUGUACAUUUCAUUGAAGUUACGAAUGAGAUGAGAUGUUCAAUAAUUUAUAGGACUUUAUAUAAUUUAUAUUCAUGUCACGGCGAGUGAUUUCGGAGUUGACGCGGUCUCAAAAUUAAUUCAUAACAACUGAACUUGUGGAAGAAAAAGUUUCUCAGAUGGAAUUUCUAAAUCCUCUUCAGCGACUUCACGUAUACAAAAGUUUUCUGUACGUGUUUUGGAUUAAAAAAUUUGGCUUUUCGUUUUAUAUAUGCAAAAGGACUUGAGAAUUUACAGAAAUAUUUACGAUGUUUGUUAUCUUCAAAGCUAGGAUGGUGUUAAAAGAAGUGCGUUAUCGCAUAUUUUGCGAUAAUUACGCACAGGGCCCUGGGGAGCCACCCCACUAGGAAAAGGUAAAGUUCUAAUCCCCUUUCUUCUAUCUCGGUCAAGGCCCUUUUAUUAAAUUCCACCGCCAACACCGAAAUCGCUCUGUUCUACAGUCGAACUGGCAUUAUCACGUGCGGAAAAUAAAACUGCAAACUGCGAGUCUGCGGAUUUUCGAUUAUAACCAGAAAAUAUCCCGAUGUCUGCGUAUUUUGAGGUUGUUUUUGUAUUUAUAUGCGCUUUAGUCCAUGAUUUUAUAGUUAAUAACUCCACAUUUUAUUGGAAUGAUGGCAUCUUUCAUCAAUCACUGAAUUAGGGGGCCAAUUAUGAACUUUGUCACUGUGCACGUUCCUUACGAUUCUUUCUAGAAAAAUGGAGCAUUUAUUUAUUUACAUAUUUGAUCGUUUGUCGGAGAAAUCUUCCGAUAGAUGCACCUAAGGUGACGAGAUACUAAAAAUAACAACACUUUCGUUAAUAAAAAGUGACUGUUCGGGUUUUUUUAACUAACAAUUUUAAAAGAGACAAUCAGAGCACAAAAUUUCAUUAAUCGAAGUGUCGCUGCAGUCUUUUAUGUCGCUGUUAGCACUCGCGGUCUUUUCCCCCCUAACCGUAGCGUGGAAGUGCGCAUGCGCGUGUGGAUACUGAACUUCCCAUUACGUCACGGCCGUGCGCCGAGUCGCUAGAGUUGGAUUCAGCGCAGCUGCGUAGUUUGUGUCAGACACUCAGUACGUGAAAUAACUCUCUCUUCCUGUAGACUUACGAUUGUGACGUGUGUUACAGAGCCUGUUGACUCUACACGCUUUAUUCUGAGCCUCGGAAGCUGUGACAGCUCUAAACCAGCGGGGAGUAAUACAACAGUCCGGAGCGACACUAGAGCUAGUUGCUUCAGAUGUGCUUGACCAUUAUCGUACUUACAGCCUCUUAGAGAGAUUGCUCCACAAUCCACC